AUGAAUUCCCAAAGAUGUGGUUCUUUUCCGGACGAAGUUGUCCUUCAAAUUCUUUCAAGACUUCCCAUUAAGUCACUUUUCAGGAGCAGAACUGUUUGUAAACUUUGGUAUAGAUUGGUUUCUGAUAAGUAUUUCAUUCAUCUGUACAAUGAAGCGUCUGCUAAGAACCCCAUGCUAUUGGUUGAGGUUUCUGAUUCAUUGGGAUCAAGAUCAAAUCUGAUUGUUGUUGACAAUCAGAGGGGUGUUUCUGAAUUUUCCUUAGAUUUCUUGAAGGACAGAGUUAAGGUUAGAGCCUCAUGUAAUGGUCUGUUGUGUUGCUCUAGCAUACCUGAUAAGGGUGUUUACUAUGUAUGCAAUCCUAUGACCCGUGAGUUCAAGUUGCUUCCAAAGAGUAGGGAAAGGCAUGUGACUCGAUUUUACCCUGAUGGUGAGGCCACUCUAGUGGGAUUGGCCUGCAAUUUAUCCACCCAGAAGUUUAAUGUUGUUUUAGCUGGUUAUCACCGUACUUUUGGUCAUAGGCCCGAUGGGACUUUUAUUUGUAUGGUAUAUGAUUCUGAGUCAAACAAAUGGAGGAAGUUCGUUUCGUUUCAGGAUGAUCAGUUCACCCACAUGAACAAGAAUCAAGUUGUGUAUGUAAAUGGUUCUCUUCAUUGGUUGACAGGCAGUUGUUCUUGCAUUCUUGUGCUUGAUUUGGAUUAUGACAUUUGGAGGAAGAUGUCGUUGCCCGAAAAAGUGAGUUGCGGGUCUGGAAAUAGGUUUUAUUUGUUGGAGUCCGAUGGUUGCUUGUCUGUGGUCCAGAUUUCAGAUGCUUGGAUGAGAAUUUGGGUGUUGAGAGAAUAUGAGAGAGAGGAAUGGCAUUUGGUGGAUACAGUGAGUCUUAGAUGUAUCAAGGGACUUGUGCCAGGCAUCUUCCCCAUAUGUCAAACUGGUGAAUAUGUUUUCCUAGCAACCCAUAAGCAGAUUUUGGUGUUUUAUCGCAAGACUCGUGUGUGGAAGGAGAUGUACUCUGUGAAGAACAGCUCUACACUCCCAUUGUGGUACUCGGCACAUGCAUUUCGGAGCACGAUUUUUUCCUGUCGUUAA